GUGGCAGAGCAGCAGAGCUGACAGCUCCAGCAGUGCAAGUGGGCCCCAACUGUCAUAGGCACUGCUCCCAGUGUCAUGACGGCCUUGUGGGCUUAUCUGGCUUUGUCUGUGCUCUUGGGCUGGGGCUGCAUAGCUGGCCCUCGGGGCACAGAGGGACAGCAGCCAGGAACACCACUCUCUGACCACGAAUAUCACCAGUUCUUCAAGUUCCUGCGGAUCACCAUCCAAGCCAGCACUGCCUGCCACCUUCGUGAGCUGUACGGCUGCAAGAACUCACUCAUCCAGAGACUGGAUGAGUAUGAAAACCACGGAGUCAUCCCUGCAGGGCCCAUAUGCUCUGAACUGCCAGGAAAUCCUUUCUUCCACAACUUCUGCACCUUUUCUCUUUAUCGCUGUAUUAUGAAAAAGUAUUUCCUUAAGAGGACCAUGUGCCCAGGACACAGCAGAAUGAAGCAACGCAUCAUGAGCAGUGAUGCCACGUCAUCCAGCAGCUUUGGUCCCCUGCCAGUUCCCCUCAUGUCUCCCACGUCUCACUCCAGACCUGACACAGAGGCAGCUGUGAUCCCCACCUCCUUACCUGUGAGCACACAACCAAAUCCUUCCGGCCCACAAGCCACAGAGGUGACAGCCAGUGGCCAGCAGCAAGGACAUCUGCCCAACAGUGACAUCGAGGAUCUCCUCCUGAGGAUACUGGACAGCCAGGUGCAGACUUCGCUGCAGACAAUGAAGUUGUUGAUAUCUGUUGGGAAUGCAGUGAAGGAGGAGGAGUUGCAGAAGGCUGCCACGAACCUGCUGGUGGCCCUGAACAACGCAAAUGUGUCUUGGUCACCAACCAACUGAUACAGCUCAACAGUGUGGUAAACACAGGGGAAAAGCCAUCUCUUCCAAAUGCGUGGGGAAACAGAGCCAUGGGAAAUGCUAUUGCUCAGGAUUCAGAGAAAAAGAUUGUAUCCUCUUGGAAGUAAAUGUAUUAAAAACAUACCAUUCUCUCCUGUAAAAACU